CGCCCGCCGCCCUCCGCCCGCCUUCGUUCGCCGCCGCCAUGCUGCCCGCCGCACUGCUCCGCCGCCCGGCUCUGGGCCGCCUGGUGCGCCAGGCCCGCGCCUACGCCGAGGCCGCCGCUGCCGCGGCCCCCGCAGCCGGCCCCGGCCAGAUGUCCUUUACCUUCGCCUCCCCGACGCAGGUGUUCUUCAACGGCGCCAACGUGAGGCAGGUGGACGUGCCCACGCUGACCGGCGCCUUCGGCAUCCUCGCGGCGCACGUGCCCACCGUGCAGGUGCUGCGGCCCGGGCUGGUGGUGGUCCACGCCGAGGACGGCACCACUUCCAAGUACUUCGUGAGCAGCGGCUCCAUCACGGUGAACGCCGACUCCUCCGUGCAGCUGCUGGCGGAAGAGGCCGUGACGCUGGACAUGCUAGACGUGGGGGCUGCCCGCGCGAACCUGGAGAAGGCGCAGUCGGAGCUGGCGGGGGCCGCGGACGAGGCGGCCAGGGCCGAGGUCCAGAUCCGCAUCGAGGCCAACGAGGCUCUGGUGAAGGCCCUGGAGUAGGCGGGGCCCGGAGCGCUGCGGUCGCCGGAGGCCAGCGGGCGCAGCGCCUGAGGCUCUCUGCGUCUCGAACCUCGUGGGGGACCGGAAGCUCCCCCAGACCUUGGAAGGGCGGGGGGUCUGUCCCCUGGUGGGGGUCUCCUCGCAGCCCCCUCCCCAAGCUGACCGGCUGCACAGCCCGCCUUCCCUCCCCCCACUCCCUGCCUUCCAUUAAACACCGGCGGCCGGCCUCGUGUCUGCGGGUGCCGUCGCAGCCGCCCGCCCUCUGUGGCCCCCACA